AGAUGUCGGGAUCAUUGCCAGCCACCUUUGUCAAGGGCUUCCAUGAUGAGGAGCAGGUGCGUCGAAUGGAGUACCGGCCAUUGGGUUCCACGGGUCUGCAAGUGUCUAAAAUUUCACUCGGUGGUGCCACCCUGUCCGGUCGCUUCUACAGCGACUUUGAUCGGGAGGAGGGGAUUCGCACGGUGCGCGAGGCCAUUAGGGCCGGUGUCAAUUAUAUAGACACCGCUCCCCUCUAUGGCAGAUCGGAGGAGCUGCUCGGCCUGGCCCUAAAGGAUGUGCCCCGAGAGGCGUACUACAUAGCCACUAAAGUGGCGCGAUACGAGGUAAAUCCGGACGACAUGUUCAACUAUUCGGGUGCAAAAGCCAGGGAGAGUGUAAAGCGUAGUCUGGAGCUCCUUGGGUUGGAUUAUGUGGACAUUCUGCAGGUUCACGACGUCGAUGCCGCACCCAAUCUGGAUAUAGUGCUGAACGAAACUAUUCCCGUCCUGGAGGAGUUCGUGGCAGCGGGAAAGGCCAAAUUUAUCGGCAUCACCGCCUACGAUGUGGACGCCCUUAAGGAGUGUGCCGAACGGGGCAAGGGUCGCAUCAAGGUGAUGCUCAACUAUGGCCGCUACACCCUGCUGGACAACACGCUGCUGCAGCACAUGAAGGCCUUCCAGGAGAUGGGCGUGGGCGUUGUCUGUGCCGCCGCCCACGCGCUGGGACUCCUUAGCAACGCCGGUCCGCAGGGCUGGCAUCCGGGAAGUCCGGAACUCCAGGCCAUCGGCAAACGGGCAGCCGAAAUCUGCCGGCAGAAGAACGUGGAGCUGGGCAAACUGGCCAUGUACCACACCAUGCAACUCGAUGGGGCGGCCACCUUCCUCAUCGGCAUGCCCAACCGCCAGCUACUGCGAAUCAACUUGGAUGCGGUCUUCGAUGGACUCACCUCCCAUGAGCAGGAAGUGCUGCAGUACCUGCGCGAAAACGUUUUCACCAAGUCCUAUAGCUGGGGAUCAACAUUAUCCACUGUUAACAGGUUAAAGUGAGUGGUCACUCCAAAUGGGCAAUCGAACUUGAGCUCCAAAAACCAAGGAAAACAUCGGAAAGACAGGAAAAACUGAUUUAAGUGAAUUUUUUUUUUAAUUUUACAUAAAUAAAAUAAAUAUCGCAGAAUAAAACCGCA